UCCGGCUGGUUAAAGCAGCAAGCCGGGAGUUAUUCAGAAGCCUGUGUGUGCAGAUGCAAGGGCAGCAAUGAAGCUUCCCUCUGCCUGUUACUUUUUGCUCCUCUUCCUUGCUAUUGCUCUCGGUACGAGACAGAGUUAUGAAGAACUGGAAAGAAAGCUGAAACAGAUUUCCUCAGAGAAAAGUAGCCUUCUUCAGCAGCUCUCAAAAUCAGGCACAGAAUCGCACGGAAUGAAAGGAAACCUUCAGAACUUGAAAGCUGAUGAGGCAGUUGCUAAAAAUGACGUGCAGAAACUUUUGGAGAUCAGCCAGAAGCAAACCGAUGAAAUGAAAUCCCUUCAGGAAACACUUCAAAAGCAGAUCACUGAGGCUGCAGUGAAAGCAGAAAAGCAGCAGGCUGGGAUUAACUUCUUAAAGGCUGAAGUGGAAAGGAAGAGCAAACUGAUAAGAGAUUUACAGCAAGAGAAUAAAAGUCUGAAAAACAAACUUCUGUCUGGAAGCAAGCAGUGUGGCAUUCAUGCAGAACAGUCCAAAAGAAUCCAGUCACAGCUUAAGGAGCUACGCUAUGGGAAGAAGGAUUUGAUUUUUAAGGCACAACAGCUGACUGAUCUGGAACGCAAGCUAUUAGCAGCUAAACAGGAAUUGGAAAAGACAGCAGGUGAUAAGGAAUCUCAGCUGAAGGCUUUGAAGGAGGUGGCACAGCUCUGUGUAUCUGGAGUUUUAAAGAACCAGCCUCCGUUUAUUGGCAUGAAUCCUCCCAGAACUACAGAGAAUGGAAUGCUAUCAAGUAAAAACAGCUCCCGACAUCCGUUUCACCAGGCCAACAGGAAGCUUCCAGAUAUCUCUCCGAUUGAAAAUACCAGCUCACCAAGCAAAGGGGUGUUUCCCAAUGUGGCCAUGAAGAGUGAUGAUCAAGACUUAAUGGACUGCAGCUCUCACAAUGAGAAAGACUACGAAUCUUCAAGGUUGAGAAGCAGAUCACAAAAACCAGAACAAAACGAAAAAAAAAUUAGAGACUGUGGUUACUAGUCAUAAAAAUGCAAAGUUGUCUGUUGCAGAAGUGCAACAUAUACAACAGUAGAACAGUAUUGCGUUUAAAAAUGAUUCCCUUUGCAAUCACUUCAGCAAUUUUUGUUCAAAGAUAGUACAGGUGGUGUAUUCUAAGCUGAAGCAUGAUGCGUUUUACUACAAACACAUUAAUCUUUUUUUAGAUAACUAGACUAAAACUAAAGUGAUUAGAAGUGCAUAGGAGGCUAAUUAGAGCUUGUUUUUCAUUAGAAUUAAUGGCAAUAGUGGAAGAAGACUGCAAUAAACCAUUUUUCUUAAGAGACUGAUUUGUACUAACAUAAUCGAUUUGACAAUGAAGUACUUAGUGUGUGCUCUAUACUGAUGCUGUUGUGAUUUUUGUGAUCUCUAGUUCACAGGAAAUAGUGGAAAAGCUGAUUAGUCACUGAAGCCAACAAGCAGGAAUCUUGCUAUAGUUUGAUAACAAGUUUAAAAUUAGGAGCAGAAAUUCAACCAUGAAACAUUAUGUCAUUAGUAAGAGAGUACAUGAUCAUUCAAGGAGCUGAUUGAAAUCAUUACAAGAAAUAAUAGCCUCCUCCUAAUUAACUGUUCGCCAAAAAGAUACUUCUGUUGCCAAAGUGAUCUUUCCCGAGCAGAUUUUUUAUUUAAAAAAAAGCAAUAAUGAAAGGUUUUUUUUAGAAAACUGAAUAAAGAAAUAAUGGUGUUUUAGUUUAAAGAAAAGUUAUUUCCUCGAUGUUAUGAGUGUACGUGAUUCUUCAUAUGACAGCCGUUUGCCUUGUAGCCAUGUCUCAGUGUGUAAUAGUCGUGUUGUGGGUCAGAGCAGGAAUUAGUUCAAGUUCCACUCCUGGACUUGCACAUGGACAUCGAGGUUAACACUUCAAUGGGGGAAGUGGUCGCUCCGCUGGGGGUGCUGGCUUUCAGUCUUGAUAUUAAACCAGGUCCUGCCUGUCCUUGCUGGUAGACUUAAGAAAUCAAAGCACUUUCUCCAAGAAGUCCACGGAAAUCACCGCUGCUGUUCUAGCAAAAUGGCCUCCCUCAAUGAACAUCAGGCAUCAGGACAUGAUCACAUUGCUGCCUAUGGGAGGUUGUUGUGUGCAAAUUGGUUGUCAUGUUUCCAACAGUACAAUA